GCGCUUGGAGGUGCCGAUGAGAAUGCAGAGCAGUUGGAUUGCCACAGCUCCAAAAUGGAGCAUAUCGACGAGCGGUAUGUACGCCUACCGCAGAUUUCUAGCGAAGGCGUGCCGCUUCCGCCACGCUAUGCCCGGUGAGUACUAG